CGCCGCCUCCGGUGGCCACCCGGGCCAGGGCUUGACGCACUCCACUUGGGGCUCCGCAGAGGGCGCCUUGCGGCCGUUUGUGUCUGUGCUGCGGUUGUCGGAUGACGCCAACGUGAGGGCGAUGGCGCUGGCGGCGGUGGCGGGGGCCAUGACGACGCAUGCGCGCGGGCUGGGGGCGGGCUGGAGGGUGGCGAUGGAGGCGCUGCGGAGGGCGGCGGAGGACCCCGCGCCGGCGGUGUAUGAGCAGGCCAUGGGCGCGAUGGAGGUGGCGGUGGCGGCGUUGUUCAGGACGCCGGCGGCGGUGACGAUGACAGCGGCGGUGGCGGCGACGCAACCGCCGGGUCAUGAUUGCUACGCGGAGACGUUGCGUGCCGUACUAACGGCCAUUCGCAACCCACACCACCCAGAUCGAGCACCCUCUGUCGUACAGGUGUUGGUACGGUGUGGGGAGCGGUUGGCGCAACGACCGCCGCUGCCGCCACCGGCGGCGUCAAGUGCCGCCGGCGCCGGCCACAUGAGCGGGUAUGCGUCGCCGUACUCUUCACGGCACCGGCAACUGGCCCCGCAGCAGUCCUGGUCACAAACACAGCAGCCAUCAGCGGACCCCUCGGCGCCACUCAGCCCGCAUCAAACCAACACCUCCGCCGGCGCCGCCGCCGGCUCCGGAACCGGAUCCCUGCUCGACCAGCUUGCCUUGUCGUACGCCUCUUCCUCCCGGCCUUCCUCGCUAGACGAGUGGGCGCUGCUUGUGGAGGUGGUUGCUGACGUGGCGGCCACACGCAACGCCCCGCGCCUGGCGGCGGCGGGGCUGGAGGCGGCGCUGGAUCUCAUGCGCACCCACAGCGGGCUGUGGGGGCCGGCGGCCUGGCGCGUGAUGCUGCGCAAGGUGGUGGCGGCGGUGGCCUUCAGGGUACCGCCGGCGCUAGACCCCGCCAGCUACCCGGCGGAAGCGGCCGCUGCCGCCGCCGCCGGCCUGCCGCAUGAGUCCAUCUGCGCUGGCUUCGUCGCCCGGGUCGAUCGACUGUUCCCGCUCAUGUGCGCGCAGCUGGCCCCGCUGGCAGCGGCGGCGGCGGCGGCGGACGAGGAGCAAUCUCGCAACGGCGGCCGCCGGCGGCGGCACCCCCGCAGGGCUACGUACGACAGCAGUAGCGAUGAGGAUGCGGGUGACGACGGCGAGUACGGCAGCGGGCCGCCGCCGGAUCUGCACCGGGAGCUGCUGACGCUGCUGGCGGAGACUUGUCUGGGCUGGUUCCGCCACCCGGCGGAGGCGGUGGCGCGAGCGGGGCUGAGCAGCCUCUCCCGCCUGCUGGACGCCACGGGCGGGGUAGUGCUGGCGGGCGGCUCCACUGCUGCUGCUGCCACUGCGGCGGUGCCUAGCCGCGCAGCAGCCACUGCUACUGCGGUUGAUGAGGACCCAGCGGUGCUCCGCGGUUGGGAGGUGCUGCUGCCCCUCAUCUCCUCCACGGUGGAUGCCGAGCUCACCCGCGUCACGGACUUCACGGAGCGCCUGCGCCGGCAGCAGUGCUCGGCUGCUGCACCAUCCGCUGCAGCAGCUGCAGCACCAGCGGCAGCCUCCCCCGUCACGGCCCCCGCCGUUCCCGCGCCCGCCGUCUCCGCGCCCUUCUCCGGCGCAGCUGGCAAGGCAGCUCAACACUCGCUGGAACCGGACGUCCGGUCGCUGCGGUGCCGCUGCCGCAUGCUGGUGCUGCUGCAGCGGCUGCUGGCGGAGUUUGCGGCGCGGCACGUGGCGGCGCUGCCCUGGCGCGUGACUCGGCAGCUGGUGGGGGUGCUGGCGGGGGCGGCGAGGCGGCUUAUGGCGUUCAAUAUGCGGGAGGAGCUGCCGGAGCAGGGGCAGCAGAAGGAGGAGGAGGAGGAGGCAAGGGCGGGAGCAGCAGCAGAAGCGGCAGAAGCGGCAGCAGCAGGGGAUGGGGAAGAGCCGUCUGGGCGGAGUACGGGUGAUGGCUGGGGUGAUGGUUGGGAUGAGGAUGAGUGGGAUGAGGAUGGGGCCGAGCAGCAGGAUGCUGCUGGGCCGCGUAGCUCGGAGGCGGCGGCACCGCGGCGGCGGCGAGCGAGCGGCGCUGGGGGGAGCGGGAAAGGGGAUGGUCGUGCCAGCGGGCGAAGUAGCAGCACCCUGUCCCGCGCGCCUGCCAGCACUGCAGCUGUUGCCACCACCGCUGCAUCCCCCUCGCCCGGCGGUGGCGCCCUGGCAGGCGCCCGGCUGCAGCUGGCGGCUCCGCAGCUGCAGCUGACAGCCGCCACCGCUCACGAUUCCAUGCGACCCGCACUGGCUCGGCUGGAGGUGGAGGCUGCAGACGCAGCCAUGACACUG